AUGCGAUAUUCUGUGGCAGGCCAGGUGGCCGUCGCCAUGGCUGGGCUGUCUGGUAUGGCUGCUGCUAUGGGGACGGGUGCUCUGCGACGGGAGUUGAGGAUGGCUGCGGAGAUGGGAAUCAAUCCCGAUCUCAUGUUGAGGCAGCAGAAGUCUGCGCAUACACUGGCAGAAGAUCUUGAAUUGGGUAGCUUGCUUGUGAAAACAGUUCUGCUUCCAAUUGACCACGGUGAUCCCUCCGUUGGGACCUAUGAGAAUCGUUACUGGGUCAAUGAUCAAUAUUACAAGCAGGGAGGACCGGUCUUCGUGUAUGACGUCGGCGAGGCCGCUGCAGAGGCUUCGGCAAAGCAGCACUUGGGCAAUUCGACUUCGUUCCUCGUGGAGAUGCUGGAUGACUUUGGGGGCAUUGGUAUUGUGUGGGAGCAUCGAUACUACGGAGAAUCAUUGCCCUUCAACGUCAGCAUCGACACUCCGCCCGAGGACUUCAAAUACCUCACGAACAAGCAAGCUUUGGCCGACAUCCCAUUCUUUGCUCAAAACUUCACACUCGAAGGACACGACGAGGAUCUGACCCCGGCUGCUAAGCCAUGGGUCAUGGUGGGAGGCUCAUAUGCCGGCAUGCGCUCUGCUUUCACUCGCGACGCCUAUCCCGAUACCAUCUUCGCCUCAUAUGCAUCUUCGGCUCCCGUCGAAGCUCGGGUGAAUAUGAGCAUGUACUUUGAUCAAGUCUAUGACGGGAUGGUGGCCAACGGGUACUCGAACUGCACCAAGGACAUCCAAGCGGGACUUGAGUACAUCGACGGGGAACUUUCGAAAAACGCCUCUACCGCUGCCGCGAUCAAGAAGCUCUUCUUUGGUGACGGCGCAGAAAAGAACAGCAACGGCGACUUCACCGCAGCUCUGGCAGGCAUCUAUGGAUACUUCCAGGCAUACGGCCUCGGUGGUGGCGAGGCUGGCCUGGGCGCAUUCUGUGAGUAUCUCGAGACCGACCCGGCGACACUCCAACCAGCCGGUCCUUCCGGAUUUGCACCCUUCUGGGGCAAUCAGUACGUUGCCGAGCGGUUCGCCUCAUGGCCCAUUUUCGUCGACCUGAUCAACUUCAACUACGAAACGAAUUGUCAGCAAACCGACACCACCAUGCCGUUGGAGUGUACACUGAACCCGAAAGCCACCGACCCGGACACGAUCAGCUGGACCUGGCAAUACUGCACGGAAUGGGGAUACUACCAAAGCAACAACUUCGGACCACACUCCCUUCUCUCCAAGUUCCAAACCCUCGAGUUCCAACAAUAUGUCUGUGAUCGACAAUUCCCCGAAGCAGUGACAAGCGGUCUUCUACCCCAUUCCCCGCAAGCCGACGCGACAAACCGGCAGACCGGUGGCUGGACCAUUCGCCCAUCCAACGUCUACUGGAGUGGUGGCCAAUUCGAUCCCUGGCGCACAUUGUCACCGCUAGCCACCGAGGAUAUCGCCCCGCAAGGCGUGACGUUUACGACGGAGAUCCCCAAGUGCGGCGUGGAGCUGGGUGAGGAUAGACUGUUUGGGUACAUUAUGGAAAACGCGGAGCAUUGUUUUGAUUUGAUGAGCGGGUUCGGUCCGGGGAAGAUCUCGCGGGGGUACUUUCACGAGGCGUUGAAAUCGUGGUUGCCCUGCUUCAAGGGUACAGCUCGGUGA